GGAUUUAUGUAAAUAUGGUUAUUGGAGUGACAUUUGCACUAUACUCCGACAUAGCAUUUUCUGCUAUUCAAACAAUGUAUCUGUUUGCAUUAGGCUGGUCAAAGACUGAUACAGCAAUUUGUGUAUCUGCCGCAGCAGCUGCAGAUUUGUCAUCAAGGAUGUUUUUGGCAGGAAUGACUGCUUGUGUUAAAGUCAGCAGUAGAACAGUAUUUUUAGCGGGAGCUUUAUUCUCAGUUUUCGCACGUAUAGUGUUCUUGUACGUGACUGACUUUACAAUGAUGCUUAUAAUAUCAAGUUUUUUGGGAUUCUUCCGUACAUGGAUUCAUGUGCCUUUACCUUUAGUAUUUGCCGAAUAUUUUUCACAGGAGAGAUUUCCUUCAGCAUACGGGCUGUUCAUGUUCUUGCAAGGAAUAAUGACAUUGGCUUUGGGUCCAAUCGUUGGGUUUAUUCGAGAUGCAACACACAGCUACAUAAUAUGUUUUCAUGCCUUGACUGUGUGUUUACUCAUUUGCUGUAUACCAUGGCUUGCCGAGAUGGCGUGGUUAAAAAUGAAAAAUAAGAAAUAAAUUUAAGAAUUAAGUUAAUAUUAAUAGCAAAAUAAUAUAGAUUAUGUGAAUUUUAUCUUACGUAUCAUAUGCCAUGAUAGAAAUAAUUUAAGUAUUAUUUUGGAUUGUCACAGAAAAUAUAAAUGACAAAAUGAAUGUUAACUAAAGUUGUAAGUAGCACUUUGCCUAAAGACAAGUUGCAUAAACAUUC